UUGCUCCUGUUUUUUUAGGUUAUAUUGACAUUUGAUACAACUAAAUGCAAUAGUUUAUCUUCAUUAAAAUUAUUAUUUUAAUGAAAAUAUAAAUAUUUAGUUAUUAACUAAAAUGGAGGCCGCAAUAUUACAAAGUUCAUGGUCUCCUUAUACAGAAUUAUUACCAGUUCUUGAAACUAUAUUUAUUAAUGACAGACCAAACGUUGCAUUUUUGAAACGCAUAUUACGUGCUGCCAAACCUCAUUUUUUGAAUAUUUUCAAAAACCCACCAAAAAAUGCCAAAAGUAGAGAACAAAUUUUAAAAGUAAUGGCUGAUGGUAAACCAAUUCAUAAAUUUGAAAUGUUAGCACUACCAAAAGAAAUGGCAGAAGAAGUGUUAAUUUUAUCUGAUAUGUAUGACUUGGAUGAGUUAAUGUCAUUGGAGCUUUUAAAUACUGCACGGUACCAAAAUCCAAAGUAUCCAGAAUUAUGUAGAGGACUUGUAGCAAUAUUGCUUUACUACAAUGCACAUCGUAUGCUUGUUUCUUCUUUACGAUUACUUAUAGAAGGAAGCACAGGUCGCACAUGGAUUCCACGUGUUGAUCCUGCUUGUGCUCAACAUCUUGGUCAAUUUGUUGAUCAAUUAAUGAAUGAUGGACUUUUCAAUAACAUUUUAGUUUUAUUAGAAAGUAAAGACUUAUCAAAGGAAAUUGAGUUACUCCAAAAAAAUAAAGCAAUUGGUGGACCUAAACAUCAUCAACUUGUUGUUAGUUUAUUUACUGAAAUUUGUUCGAUGUUAGCAGAGUGUGUUUUUUAUUAUUCUAUUCAAUUUGGUUUAUCUAGACAACAAUUAGUGAGCUUAUUGCAUCACUUAAGAAAAAUAAAACCUGAUGUAGAAUCACAAGGUGCCGUUUGUAAAGUUCAUCUAUUCAUGAUUACAUCUUUCUUGUAUGCUAUUGAUUUAGAUUGUAUGAACAAUUCACAAGAAAUAAGUGGUGAUACUAAAGAACAAAUUUUAUCAUCUGCCUACUCAGAACUCACCUCACAAGAAUGGGAAUGGUCUGAACUCAAAAGUAUUGCUACAUUUGGUUUAGCUGUUGCAUUUGCUAAAUUAAGAGCUACUCAACAUAUUUUUAAAAAUAAAAAUUUAGUGAAAAUUGAUGAAAUUUUAUUUAACAAUUCUAUGGAAAAUAAAGUAUUUAGAUUUUUAAAUCAAAGUAUUUUUCCGUCAGAUUGUUUACAUUAUGUGGAAUUUAUGGUAAAAAAAUUUCAUCAAUUAAUAACAGAAUUUAUAGUUAUGAUGCCUUAUGCUGUUAAAGAAAUACGUAACAAAUCUGAUGAAAUAGCACAUACUAUGCUUAUAUAUUACCAAGAAGGUUUAGAACCUCCUGCUGGUGAAGAGAAUCAUUUUGAACAAUUAUUGAUGGCUAUGGCUGGCCUAUACUCAAAAGAUCCUCUUGGUUUAAACUUAAAUCUAGAUUAUUGGCCUCCUUCAAGAGAACAGUUGAAAACUAUAAAGAUGUCAUCGUUUUUAACAGCUCAAAAGUUUCAAUCUUCAUUAUACAGAUUUAUAUGUCAAACUGGUGAUAUGUUACCUCAUAUGUUGUUUGUACCAUAUUUGAAUUUAUUAAGUGAAUUAGCAAAUUCUGAAAUUGGUGCUGAAAAUGUAUUCAAUCAUUUUUAUACUAAUGCAACAAAUUCAAAUUUAACAUGGGAUCAUUUUUUCAAAACAUUCUUAAGAUAUUAUACAAAUUUGAGACAAGAAAAUAUACCACCGAGUGAUACAGUUUAUAAAAGAAGUAGUCAGAAAGGUAUUACUUCUUUAGAAAUUCAAGGUCUUCAAGCUGUACUAAAAUUAAUCAGAAAUGUUGCAGAGCAUAGUGUGAAGUCAAAAAUUAUUAUAGUAGAACGUGCAGAGUGGGAAGCUCUUUCAGUUCUAUUGGGAUUAGUUUCUUGUCCAGUUAGAAUAUCUCUGAAAGCAGAUUUAAUAUUAGCGUUAGCUACACUUGUGAAACCUCCUCCUCCUACUACUUCUCUGAGUUUUUGGCACACUUUGGAAGCUUCACAAAUUAUUGUAACUGUUCCAACAAUUAGUAACUAUCAAAGUCGUGGUAUAAUGGCUGAAUUAGAAGAUCUUGAAACUCGUAACGAGGAAUAUCCAUUGACUAUAGCUUUGCUAAAACUUUUAACUACGUUGACUGAACAGCCCGUACCAAAUUUAUUGGGGUCAAGCACACGCACACCAGGAUUUGAUCCUUACCUCAACUUUGUUUUGCAUAAUAUAUUCCUCAAAUGUUUAUCAAGAGGUUAUAAAAAACAAAGUGAAAAAUGGGAAGUAAGUGGACUAUGCUUAGAACUUGCUUUAAAGUUUUUGGAUCAAUAUGAACCCCAUGUAACAGAUUUUGUAGGGAAUAGUAUUGUAUUGCCCGAUAAUACGUCAAUAAGUGUUAAUCCACCUCCAGGUUUUCAUAUUAUGACAUAUUUGUGCACUAAUUCUGAUUUCUUAAGAACUUUAUUAAAUAUAAUGCAUACUGGAUGUCAAAUGUUUGAUAUGUAUUCAUCAUUUAGUGGAAAAGAAGCUAUGGAAAAAACUACAUUAGUUGUAUUACGUCUUUUAGAGCAAACGCUAAGCUUGCAACAAACAUUUCUGAAUGCUUCUAUUGCUUCAGGAUCACCUCUUAUAUUUACUGGACUUCAUAAAACUCUUAUAAGCAUUAAUGUAGCUACAAAUGAGCCAGAUUAUAUAAUUGAUUUAACUAAAUUUGUAACAUAUGCCCAUCUACCAGAACAUGCCUAUCAUGCUAUACGCAUAUUAAUGACAAUAACAUCUUAUCCAAUUCCACAAUCUCAUAUGGUUUCAUAUUUUACCUCAAAUCCUCAAUUAACCACUUCUAUCAGACAUGGAUUUGUUCAGUGUUUAGAAGAAGAAGAAUCAUCUAAGUUUUUGGAAGAAACAUCAGAUGUAUCUGUUAUGAAAAAAUGUAAAGAAUCUAUUUUGAAACUCUUACUACAAUGCAUGAAUUCCUCUCCUCCAAAUUUAGCUCAUUAUUUAUUGGGCUUCAAUUUAGAAAAUAUUCAUAAAACUUGCAUUGAAAAUGCUGGAGUGGGAGGGUAUCCCCGAAAUUGUCUGCAUUCUAUUAUUGAUAUUCUUGAUGAUUCAUUGAAAAGUCGGGCUAGUGGUACUGUUAGUAAGAAUCAUGCCAAGUUACUAGAACUUUGUUAUCAAAUGAUAUAUGUUUUGGUCUCAAGCAACAGAACAUCUCGUCCAGUUUUAGUGUAUUUAAAAUCACGGAGUGAUUUUAUAUUAAGACAUGCAUCAGCAUUACCAUUUUAUACAGAUAAUACUUCCAGAAAAGUUAGCAGUAGUGAUUUAAUUCAAAUGAAUUGGUUACUUCGUAUAAUUGCUGUUGAGAUUAAGAUGCAUGUACAUCAAAACUUAUUGAUGACAUUAACAAAGCUAAUAUUAUUAUUCAUUGGAAUUGCAGAAAAGAAAAAUGUUGGAGGACCAGAACAUUUCCAGUUUACUAGUUUAUUUGAUCAUACAGCAUUAGUUAGAGAUCAUGGUAAGCUAACAAAAAAUCAAGAAGAGACUAAAGAAGAUGGAAAAAAGUUGCUCAGUCUAUUAGAAAUAGUUGAUUUAGAGUUUGAUGAACCUACUGAGGACAUGCCAGAUUUAAAGUAUCUUGAAACUAAACUGAUUAAUCAACUAUUGAGUGAGUGUGAAAUUCCUGGAAAAGUCCCAUUAAUUGAUGUAAAACAAUUGCAUAAAAUUUUAAUGAAUGAAUUGAAAUCAAUUGACAGUUCAUCCACUAUUAAAACUAAUUUACUUCAAGAAAUUCAGGAGUUUUUGGCCUAUGCUGUAAGCAUUAACGAUAAACGUUUACAAGUUAGCUGUAUGAUAAAAUAUUUUGAUGCUUGGCAUCAGUUGACUGCAGUCAUAUUUAGUAUGGCAAAUUUACCAUCAAUGGAAUUUCAACAAAGGUUUUCAUUUGUUAUUGACUUAUUGGUUUCUCUUCAAAGCAAGGUUAUACGUUUUCCACAGAUGUCAGAUUUAUCUACAUUGAUUUCCAAUUCUCAGUUACUGUUACUGAUAAAUUUGAAGAAUACUAUUGACAAACAUUUUGAGUUAUGUUCUGUAAACUUAGAUUUGAGCUUAGGUUCUUUUGUUACUGGGCAAUCAAGUGUUUAUUCUAGUAUGCUUCAGAAUAUAUUAAAAUGCAUUCAGCAAUCAGCCUCUCAAAAACUUCGAGCAAGUUUAUACUCGGCCUUGAUUGCAUUAAUUAACCUUUUGGCCACUAAUAGCCGAACAUUAACUGGCAACCCUAAACAGAAAAAUAGUUUGCAGUUUGAACAACCUAUUUUAGAUUCUGAAUCUAUUAAAUUUAUAAAAUCACUUAACUUUGAUCAAUAUCUAAGCGAAAGAAUCCUUGAAGUUAUAUGUGUAGAUUUAACAUCUGGUCAUGAUAUAUGCAAAGUUUUGUCUCAUACUUUAUGUGAACUUCUUAUUGACAUAAACCCAAAACUUAUUGGAUAUAUUUCCAAUCAAGGAUAUUUAAAAUGUAUUAUAUCUAGUCUUAUAGAGUCAGAUAAUGAAUUGAAAGAAUUAAUAACAGCUAAAAAUAAGACUUUAAAACCAAUAUAUGUUUAUGAAAAUAAAAUGAGUCUUUUAAAUAAAAUUGCUACUUACUCAACUGGUGCUGACGCUUUACUCAACCACCAAGCUAUUGCCUGUUUAUCAUCAAUGAAAACUAUUGAUGCUCACCCAUCAUUAGAAGCAAGUUUUAAGCGAUCAAUUAAAGAGUUCCUACCUGAUGAAGGUGAUCGUUAUAUGAUGAUAUGUUCACCAGCUAUGUGUUUAUGCCAAACAGUAAUGGGAACUUUGGGAAAUCAAAAUAUGACGUCUGUUCUUCAAGUAGUUUAUUAUUUAAUAAGUCAUCGUGAUGUUAUAACUAUUGCACUUACAAAUGCUGCACCAUUAUGUGAACAGUGGUAUCUAAAAGAACUUUAUCAACUAACAUCUAUGUUUGUUAAUGUGACCAAUGAUGAUAUUAGUUCAGAAAUAAAUUCUAGUGGUGAUAAAGAUAUUGCUGGAUUAUUUCAUCAUUAUAGUGUUUUAAUGCAAAAAGCUCUUACAAGAUUUGCUGUUAAUUUAUCUGUUAUAAGAUCUAUCCGUAAAAAAUGUUCUGAAGAAAGUAAUCCUAAUGAUGGUGAUAUAAAUAUCACUCUUUAUUUAAAGAUAACCUUAAAUUUAUUAAACUAUAUAUCCAACUUGAUGGAUGGUGGAUGGGCAACAGGAGGUCAAAAGUUCAAAAGAAGAAUUUUAGAAGUAUCUAUACAUAGUGAACAAUUUAAUUUGAAUUCUACUGAGGAAAAUAAUUAUACCAAUCAACUAUCAAUGGGUUCAGUUGUUUCAACAAUGGUUCAGACUGUAGAACAUUAUUUUAUGCAGUUUAAUUCAAAAACGAAAGGUGAAAGUCAGUCAUCACCAAUCCAGUUAUUUGGUGAGACAAAUUCUGAAGAAAUUGAAUUGAAUCAAAAAGAUACAGAUUAUGAUAAAAGCCAGCAUAUUGUUUGUAAACAUAUUGUUGAAGUUUGCUUGUACAUUUUAUGGGCUCAUACAGAUUUUUAUUUUAUGCAUAGUCCUGUCCAAAAUAUACACCGGCCAAAAGCAUUAAAUAGAUCAGGUAGUCCAUAUCAGAACAACGAUGAUGGCGUAACACCAGAAGAACUUAAAGAUCUAAGACAAGGUUUAGUGAAAGUAUUUAAUGACUCAUUUCUGGAGAAUCUUUAUUCUUUGAGUGAGGAUAAGUCUGAAGACAGUUUUAUCAAAGUUAUGGUCCACAGAUUGAAAAAGUUAUUACAAUUUGUUUAGAAAAUAUUUUAAAAAUAAAAGGUUUGUAAAAAAAGAAAAAAUUAAAUGUAUUUUAUAAAGGAAUAAAUAUAAUUUUUGUACUUUAAAAAA